AUGAGUAGUGCAACUGCCACCAUGACCGAGCCCGACGCGGGCAAACGCAAGGCCUCCGUCGCUGGUCUGACGGGCCCGAAUCGUCCGGUGAAACGCCGUGCAUCAAAAGCGUGCUGCUGCUGCCGAGCUCGCAAAGUUCGCUGUGAUGUGGUGGAGAAUGGUUCUCCCUGCACAAAUUGUCGCCUCGACCAGGUCGAGUGUGUAGUUACGGAGAGCAAACGCAGAAAGAAGUCUCGCGUUGAUAUGGAAAUCACCCAAACUUCCGAAUCACCCGGCGAACUCUCCGAGGACAAUCCCGCGGGCUCGCUGGGGCCUCUCCACGGCCUCACCGAGAGAGAACCCAAUUCUCCGUCGCAGAAUUCGGUCGAUCAUGACCAUGGCCAUCAUAUGCCUCAUUUACUCUACCAGUCGCAGGCCCAUCGAAUUGGCUCUGACUCUCGCUACCGCCGCCACACGAUCCCCGAUCCAGCAGUUCCUUCGUCCCUCUCCUUGAACCAGGCCACCCUGCAGAUCCAGCAAUUCCUCGACCCGAACUAUGGACCAUCACAAUCGGCAAAUGCAUACCUGCCAGAUUACAUCCGCAGUCUGCCCUCUCGACUACAAAAAGAGGACAUUGAUUACUUGGCCGCCAAGGGUGCGCUCACCAUUCCCGAGGUGCCCCUGCGCAACGAAUUGAUCAAGGCGUACAUCCACUAUGUGCACACGUAUAUGCCCUUGUUGGACUUGGAGGAGUUCUUGGAGACCAUUGUGCAAAAUGACGGGGUACGUCGGAUCAGCCUGCUACUUUUCCAGGCCGUCAUGUUUGCCGGUAUGGCCUUUGUCGACUUGAAACAUCUCCAGGCAGCCGGAUACCACUCCCGCAAGGUGGCCCGCAAGAUCUUCUUCCAGCGUGCCCGUCUCUUGUAUGAUUUUGACUAUGAAGUGGACCGCAUCUCUCUGGUCCAGUCGCUGUUGCUCAUGACCUACUGGUACGAGACCCCCGACGAUCAAAAGGACACCUGGCACUGGAUGGGUGUGAGUCUUUCUCUCGCACAUACCAUUGGAUUACAUCGGGACCCGGGCAAUUCCCGCAUGGAUGUGCGUCGCCAGCGAAUGUGGAAACGCAUCUGGUGGAGUACCUAUACCCGGGACCGCUUGAUUGCGCUGGGCAUGCGACGCCCGAUGCGCGUCAAGGAUGACGACUGUGACGUCCCCAUGCUCACGCUGGAUGACUUUGAGUUUCAUCAAUUCUCCCCGGAAAUCGUCAAGAUGGUCGGCAACUCGGAAAUCCUGCAGAAUGUCAGCCACCAGCGGGAGUUGGCGUUGAUGUUUAUCGAAAAGGCCAAACUGUGCCUGUGUGUGAGUCAUGUGCUCUCCGCUCAAUAUUCGGUGCUGAGCCACAAGUUUGGCGGGACCAUGGAGACCACCAUGAUGCUCGUCCCAAAGAAAUCGACGGCCGAGACAUAUGAGGUGCGACGAUGUGAUCAAGAGUUGGAGGACUGGCGGACCAAUCUUCCCACAGAGACUCGCUACUCGCCCUCGAGGGGGGCCAAGCUCUCCGAGGCCGAGGAGGUUCUCCAUUCCCAUCGGGCGUUGCUCAAGAUGGUCUAUCUGACCACUUCCAGCGCCCUGCAUCGUCCUCAGGUUCUGCCGGCCGUUCCCUAUCCCUCGACGGACGCCGAGCUGCAGGAGAUGUCCCGAAACAAGGUUCGCUUCGCUGCCAUUGAGAUCACGAGUAUUGCCCAGGACCUGCACGUCCUCGAUCUGACCCGCUAUUAUCCCACGACUGGCGUCACGGUCCUCCUUCCCGCCGUCAUCAUUCACCUGCUCGACAUCAAGUCGACUGAUCCCAGUGUGCGCAUGACCAGCCUGCAGCGAUUCUAUCAAUGCAUGCGUAUCCUUCAACGCCUGCGCGAGAUCUACGCCUCUGCCGAUUUUGCCACCUCGUUCCUCGAAGCGGCCAUCCGCAAGGCUGGCAUUCAGCUGACGGUCGCACCGCAAGAUGUUCAUUCCUCCCGCCCGCGUCCGAACCGCACUUCCUCUGCGAACGCCGCCGCCGGCGCUUCUUCUUCUUCUGGUUCUGCGUCCGCUACCGCGUCCGCUUCAACUACCAACAACUUCAUGCCCACCCUCAACGACUCUCUCGAUCUCCUGACUCGCCCCAAUACCCUGACUCCCCCACCCGACUCCUUGGCCCAGCAGAUCCCCGAUUUGACCUAUCCCAAGACGGGGCCCGCACAGACCCAGACUCAUGCCACGCCCGACCUGUUUGCCUCCACUCCUCCCCACUCGGACAGCAGCGAGAAUGGAAGCACCAAUAAUGUCAACCCCAAUCAUGCCGCCCACGACGCCUUUGCGAUUCCCGAUUUGAACGCGGAAAUGAGUCUGACCCAAUUAAUGGACUUGGCCAACGACGCUGAAGUGACGCAAAACGACUUUGACGCCCUCAUCAACUUUGACGACGCCGGUAAUGAUUUUCUGAACGAGCAUGCCCCGCACCACUCCCCCCACAAAUCCCAGGAGCAAUCUGCUCCCGGCGUGGGUGCCGAAGAAAAAGCCUAUGAAUUUGACAUGAAGGCCUUGGGUUUCGACACGGACCCCAAGGCGUUUGAUUUCGCACACUUGACGAACUCGCGAUCUAUGGACCGAGCCCCUGGAUUCUCCUCGGCCGAGGCUCAUCGGACCAGUCUGACCACGGACCUGGAUUCCAGUCUCGGAAUCGGGUUUGACGAGUGA